AUGGCUGGUCAAGGCGCUGGUCCAUCUCGGCGUAGCCAUACCAAGAGUAGAACAGGAUGCAAGACGUGCAAGCGUAGACACAUCCGAUGCGAUGAGACCUUCCCUCAAUGUCGCAACUGUACAAAGCAUCAAGUUCGUUGUGAUUAUAUGGACCAACAACGACCCGAGUCAGAGGUGCAGCCCCCGCGAGACCAGAUGCCAUUGCCUUCGUCUCCUGGAGUUGAGCACAUGCUUGAUGUAUGGCAACAAACUGGCAACUUUCCUUACCCAGAGCUUCAGGUGUUCCCUCCACCAAGGCCACAAAGUCACUCCAGGGUAGAGCUGCGUCUCAUUCAACAUCUCUCCUCGAUCUCGAGGUCACUACUUAUGAACAGCACGAGCGACAUGACAGUAUGGGCCUCAAAAGUGCCAAAGUAUCUAAGUGUAGCGACCUCGUAUCCGUACGUCAUGCACGCAUUCUUGGCAUUCUCUGCCAGCCACCUGGCAUGGAUGUCUCCUUCUCCGGAUACACGCAAGAUACAGAUACAGCAUGGCGGUAUUGCUCUGCGCGGCCUCCAUGAUGCUCUCAGUUCGUUCUCGAGGUCGAAUGCGGACGCCAUCCUUGCGACAUCUAUUCUGCUCAUGACUCAAGCAAAUGAUUGGCGCACCUGGUCCUCUCUCGAAACUGGCAUUCGAACGGUCGCAAGUGCUAUGGCUGGGUGGAAGCAUGAAUCGGUGUUUGCAGAUCUGAUCAACUUAAGCCCCUACAAGCCUUCCGAAGACCCACGUCCACUUCCCAGCAUGCAAGAGCGUCACGGUAUCCUCACGAGCGUCCUCGCUGCUCUCCAACGCCUCCAACCUCUCCUGGUAAUCAACAGUCCCGAGGCUUACUGGAUCGAACAGAUGCUGGGCUAUAUCUCGUAUCUGAUCAACGCACCACCUGCACAAACAGCUGCAGAACAAUUCGACCAAUUGUAUAGUCUCCGGAAAUGGGUCCUCUUCGUCCCCUGUCUCCUUCUGGAAAAACCAAUGGUUGACGGUCCCUCAACAUUGGUUGUCGCGCACUUGUAUGCCACUGCACUCGCCUUGGAGCCAUUGUUUCCCUCCCUAGGCGCAUCGUUCUGCUCCGCGAUCAGCUUGCCUCCCCUCGAAAGAAUCAUCCAGAUGACCGCCCCUAUGCAAAUGGAUGACCAGUUUGGUCAGCAUGCACUAGAGAUCAGCUCCCUCAUGCACUUUCCUCAGCAAGCAGCAUCUGCUUACCGUGCACGUCUGCAAUGGACUCAACAACACCUGGAACACAUGCAGCUUCAACAAACACCUCAGCAGUCUCCCUAUGCACCUGUCUUUAACCUCGAUGGUGCAAACACGCCUUUCAUGAAUUUUGGAAACCUCAGUCCAGGCUUCGUUCCUUCAUCGAUCAGUCAUGUUCGCGAGCCGAAUCGCAUGUCUUCAGGCUCAAUAGCAGGCUCGCCUUAUCUCGGAGUUCCCACCCCUACGCCAUCAUAUGAGAGCGGAUUCGCCGAUGGCACCACUCAAUGGGGCGCUGCACAUUCUCCGGCCUUCCCACCACAACAAUACGCAGGAAGCGAGCAAGAGCAUGGAUACGAAUCAUACGAUUUUGAACAACUAGAAGCACCCCAUGCGGGCUUCCGAGGCGGGUUCGUAGUUCCCCCGACCAUCUGGGCAUGA